AUGUUGUUUUUAUUAUGGGUAUUUCUUGCUUUUAUUUUCAACAGCGUGACAAUCAAUGGUUCUGAUUGUCCGAAUCGGCAAUGGAUAGAAAAGUCUCUUGAAAAAGUGCAUGUUCCUGGUGCGACAAUUCUUGUAGUCAAUGCUACUCAUAUACUUUAUGAGCAAGCCUUUGGAUUCCAAUCUCUGUUGCCACUAAAACCUAUUGACAUCGACAAGUCCAUUUUUCCUAUUGCUUCGAUAUCGAAAACUUUCAUUGCUACUGCUGUCAUGCAACUUGUGGAACAAGAACUCGUUGAUCUUGAUACAGAUAUUAACGAAUAUUUGUUGGAACCUCAGAAACGUAUAUUUCAUCCACACUAUCCUUUACAUUCGAUUACUUUACGCAAGUUACUUUCGCAUUCGGCUUCUAUUCAUAUCGACUCAUUGAUACUAAAUACUUAUUAUAAAUCUGAUGACGAUGCAUUCAAGGAAUCAUUGGCUGAUAUGUGCUUCAAAUAUAUCAAUCCAAACACAUCACACUGGUUACCAAAACCUCCGGGUACUGUGGCAUCAUACUCAAACGAAGGCUCAGCUUUAGCUGCACUGGUUGUUGAACGAGUUUCAAAUAUGUCCUACAGUGUUUAUGUCAAAGAGAAGAUUUUAAAACCACUAGGUAUUGAUAUAAGCAAAGUUGGUGUGCGUUUGUCCGACUUCAAGGAUACAGUAGACUUGGUAAAGCAUUAUGCCUAUGCACCGAAUGAAUCGUAUCUCAAAAGAUGGAAUCAACAAAUCCCACAAUUGAAUAUUGAACAAAUGCCGGGUAAUCUCUCCAAUUGGCUUUACAUUCCACAUUUUAGCUUCAGUGCAUAUCCAGCCGGUCUCUUACGGAUGUCGGCUCGUACCCUAUCUAUAUAUCUUCGCAUGUUUCUCAGCAAUGGAUCUUCUAUUCUUCGUCCGCGGUCAAUUGCUCAAAUGCGUACUGUUGUAGGUGGUGGUCUCAUACCAACCUAUAAUCCGAAUUCGGCCAAUGAUUCUUCAGAUCAAGAACAUCCAUCUGAGUUUGGACUUAGUUGGUAUUGGCAAACAAUGCAGGAUGGUCGUCGGUACAUUGGUCACUCUGGUUCGAUGCCAGGCAUGCUACAUUUGAUGCUGAUCAAUGAAAAGCAUAAUUUAGGUGUGAUUAUUCUUUCCAAUGCAGAUGCCACUUCACCAAAUGACCUGUCCCGAGAGAUUGGCGAGACCGGAAUAAAUAUUCAUAUGUCUCUUUUCAAAUGUUUCGACGCUGGUCCUGCUCAUGGGCUAGCUUGA